AUGGCCAGCAAAAUAGCCAUUUUUCAAACCCAAAAGAUUAUCCACACCUACCUUCUAACCAAUCUCAGGGUCUUCAUCGUACCCAAGCUCAUCGAUAUGCACGACGUCCCCGGAACCCUCAAAUGGGAAAUCGAUCGUUCCGAAUGCUUUGACUUUGCUCGCGAGCUGCGCAUGGGUGUCUGGAACAGAUUGCACCAUAACGCCUUUCGCACAGCGUUAGGUACAAAGAUUAAGGCUGUACUGGUGAAGAAGGUGAUGGAUUUGCCUGGGAUUGAGAGCUUGGGUGAUGAGCACUGCUCGAUGUCCGAACUGGAGGCCAAGGUCAAGGAGGCGAGUAAAAAUAAUGAACUCAUGAAUAAUGAGCUCAAAAUCCUUAAGAUAUGGAAUGAGGAUGCGAGGCUGCAAAUUCAGAGGUUCAAAGCGAUGAACGCAGGAAAGUUUGUGAGGGCGAGGAUUAUGGUGCAAAGUGCGGAGAGUGCACGCCUUAGAAAUACUGCGCGCCAGAGCACAGCGAGGGUAGAGAACAAGAACUAA